AUGAAGAAGACAGAGGCAGAGGAAGUAGAAAGCGGUGGAGUGCAGAGGAGGAUGUCAACCUCAAGCAAGGAUCCAGUUGUAAGUAAUGAGCAGCGGCUUGAUAGUUUCUACAAGAGGGUUGCUGACUACUACAAAGAAAAUGAUGGAUCAUCUAGUUCAAAUGCAAGAGGGCCUUCACAAUGUAAGGCUAGGUGGAACAAGAUAAACCACCAAGUCAAUAAUUUUAUGGGGUGUUACGCACAAGCGAGUGCAAGAAGGAAGAGUAGAGAAUCAGAAGAUGAUGUAUUGAGCAUGGCGUAUGAGCUUUACAAGAACGGCAUGAACAAGCCAUUUCUGCUAGGACAUUGCUGGAGGGAAUUGAAGCAUGAUCAGAAAUGGAUCACGGAGGAGUGUAGCCAUAAGCGGACUAAGCUCGCUUCAGAAGGAGCAUACUCACCCGGUUCGUGCAAUGGUGGAGCUAAGAUGAGGCCUCCUGGGGUUAAAGCUUCUAAGAAAAAAGGGAAGAAACCGGAUGUGAGUAGUGAUGUGGAGGAUGGUUCUGUGGGUUUCGGGUCAUCAAAUGUAGCUGUGGAACAUGUCACGUGA